AAUCAAGAAAAAUGGACACGCUAGGCCGUCACUAGCUGAGUUAUCGUAACUCUAAUCCUUUCAAUAUCACUUAGCACUUUAACUUACUCGUUUAUAAUACUCCCAGUACAUUUCUGUAACUUGGAAACACUGAUAGUCUAUAUUGUCUUUAUAAUUGUACGUACCUUCGACUUUCCUAAUAAUUGAGAUAAACUAGCAUAUUUGGAUAAAUACUUGAAAUCUCCUGAUAACGGCUAAAUCUUUACUUAUUUAUUUGCCAAGAAAUCAGACUCAAUGUGGUUAUUUAUCACAUAAUCAAUGAAAUACUCGGUUGACUUUAUUCGUAUUGGGUGGACAAAGAAUAUUUCAAAUCAAUAUUUUAGUUCUGCAUGUACUAUAUCAUUGCUAAAAGGACCUAAAUUGAUCCUUAUUGACCCUGGUAGUCCAUGGGAUUCACAAUGGCUUAUUUCUCAGCUUGCAUCUCGUGCAAUAAAUCCUCAUGAUAUUGAUUUUGUUGUAUGUACGCAUAAUCACAUUGAUCAUAUUGGAAGUUUACACCUGUUUCCGAAUUCCACUCGGAUUGUUGGGGAGAAUUACGAGGUUCAAGGUCUUAAAGACUGCUUCAGUGUUCUCAAAACGCCUUAUGAGAUUGACUCUUGUAUUCACAUAGUAUCUACACCUGGACACACCCUAACAGACAUAUCGGUAAUUGCAGAGGAUAUUGAUCAAUUCGGUCGUGUUGCCUUAGUGGGCGACUUGUUUGAAUGUGAACAAGAUACAAUCGAUCCAUCUUUAUGGCAGUCGUCCAGUAACAAUAUAAGCAUACAGCAGAAAAGCCGAGAAUUCAUUAUCGACAAUUUUGAUUACAUUGUUCCAGGUCAUGGAGCAGCCUUUAAAGUUACUAAAAGCUAGCAAAACUAUUUUUUUUGUAUUUAUACUCCGUAUUAUGACCUAACUAGCAUUCAUUACACACUUUCGCUAUGUUAUAAAAUCCUAUGG